AUGACGAGAAGGAAGAUAGCAAUAAAGAAGAUCGAGAACGUAGCUGCGAGGCAGGUGGCUUUCUCAAAGAGAAGGAAAGGUCUAUUCAAGAAGGCUAUGGAGCUGUCAACUCUCUGUGAUGCUGAGAUUGCUCUCUUAGUAUUUUCAGCUUCGGGCAAACUCUUUGAUUAUGCUAGUACAAGCACGAGGCAAGUAAUUGGAAGGAGAAACCUAUACUCAAAUGUGAACCUUGUGAAGUCAUACCAGCCACCUCAAGAGCUACAGGUCGAAGUAUUUGAGCAGGAGAUCAGUGUUCUAAAGAAAAAGGAAGACGGACUCAAGGAAGAAAACCAGAGGCUAAAGAAGGUUGUCAGAUUCUUGUCACUGAUUCUCUUGUUCACCAAAUCCAUGGAAGAAAACCAGAGAUUAGAUCAGGCCCGAUGGCUUGAGGAUGAACAAGAUCAGCCAUCAGACGCGCCUCCCACAACAAGGCAAGUUGCUAUAAACGCCACUGAUGAGAGAGCUGUGUUUUAUCUCCGGUUACUGUAG